UUUUUCUUUUUUUAUAAGUCUUAUCUCCAACGAAGUAAUAAUAAGAAAUUUUUUGUUGAUGGUAUUCAUAUAUCUCGAUAAAGUUAUUAAAUUUAACUUAAAAAAAUUUACAAAUGGAAUUAAAUUUAUCUCCAUUCGGUAUUCGAUGAAGAUCAAAGAAAAAUAUGAUAAAACAAUUUUUUCGGAUUACAUCGCUUGAUCAUUAUGUAUUUAAAAUGUUUCCACAAAAUGUUUAUCGUAAAUUAUUUAGAAUAAUAGGAAACAUCAAAAAUAAUUCCUCGUUGUUAAUUUCAAUGGUAAUGGAGUUUUUAUCUACUCAAGGUUAUAACGAUGUAACGACGAAUAAAAAAAAAUGUAGGCAAAGAAAAAGAAAAAGGAGGAAAUAUAUGUAGAAGCAAUACGUAAUUCUACAACCGACCGAAUUAAAAAAAAAAAAGAAAGAAAAGAAGAUGGAAAGCCGGAGGUAUAGAAUAAGUAGUGAUACGUAUAUAAUCGUUACAGUAUUUCAAAUUCCUUCGGAUUGAGGACAAUUGUGUUUCAGUAAUAAUUAUAUUAAUCAUAUUUAAAAGGGAAAAAUAUUUUUUGUGUUAAUGGGAAAGAAAAGAGAAGAAAAAAAGGAAAAAAAAAAAAAAAAGAAAUGCAAGUAUGGAUAUCAAAGAUUUUCUUGAAUUUGGCAAAUUCACCAUGGAUUUUAUCGUAAAUUAUAUGCAAACAUUGAGAGAUAGAUCUAUUUUACCGAACGUUGAACCAAAAUGUCUCAGUCAAAUAAUACCAAAGGAAGCACCUAAAAAAGCAGAGACCUGGCAAAAAGUUUUCAAAAAUAUUGAAAGAAUAAUUAUGCCUGAGAUAACCCACUGGAAUUCACCUAAUUUCUACGCUUACUAUCCUUCUUCCCAAUCGUAUGCGAUCCAUUAUUGGCGAGCUUUUAUGCGCUAGAAUUGAUGGUGCUGGAUUUUCUUGGAUAUGUUCGCCCGCCUUUACCGAGUUAUAACAUUGAAUUGAGUUGGAAAAAUGUUAAAUCUACCAUCCGAAUUCUUAAAUUGCGGCAAUGGAUCCGGAGGAGGUGUUAUACAGGAUUCAAAGCAGUUCAAGAGUAGCUUCGAAGACCAAACAACCUUUAACGAUGUCGAACCUCGAACGUGAUCGUCUUGGUCAACCUGGAAGCGGUGAUGCUCUGUGUCAUGGCCUUCUUCGUGGUAUCGAUCAUAUCAAGAAUCCUCAAUUGAACAAGGGAAUGGCCUUUAGCAUAGAAGAAAGACAGUUGCUUGGUAUACAUGGACUUUUACCAGCCGCUGUGAAGACUCAGGAGGAACAAUUAGAACUUUGCCGUUUGAAUUUGGAACGUUAUCCUGAUGACCUUCUUAAAUAUAUAUAUCUCAUAGGCCUACUGGACAGAAACGAAAGAUUAUUUUAUCGUUUACUUAUGAACAACGUCGAACAAAUGAUGCCAUUGGUAUAUACACCAACGGUUGGCCUAGCUUGUCAAAAAUUUGGUCUGAUUUAUCGCAGACCACGUGGAUUAUUCAUAAGUAUACACGACAAAGGAUAUAUUUAUGAUAUAUUGAAAAAUUGGCCUGAACACGAUGUACGUGCUAUCGUUGUUACUGAUGGCGAGAGAAUACUUGGACUCGGUGAUUUGGGAGCACACGGUAUGGGAAUUCCUGUAGGAAAGUUGGCUCUUUACACGGCCUUAGCUGGUAUUAAACCACACACUUGUCUUCCGAUAACACUUGACGUUGGUACUAAUACACAGUCAUUAUUGGACGAUCCUCUUUACAUUGGACACAGACAUAAACGUGUCACAGGUCAGGAAUACGACGAAUUUCUGGACGAAUUCAUGAAAGCGGUAGUAAAACGUUACGGACAAAAUACCUUGAUACAGUUUGAAGAUUUUGGAAAUGCUAAUGCCUUCAGAUUAUUGAUCAAGUAUCGAAAACAUUAUUGUACAUUUAACGAUGAUAUUCAAGGCACAGCAUCCGUAGCUGUAGCUGGUCUCUUAGCAUCUCUUCGAGUGACGAAAACGAAGCUUCAAGAAAAUACUAUUGUUUUCCUAGGAGCGGGAGAGGCUUCAUUAGGUAUAGCUACGUUAUGCGUAAUGGCGAUGCAGAAGGAAGGUAUAAGCGAAGAGGAAGCAAAGAGUAAAAUCUGGAUGAUAGACUCAAAAGGAUUGGUUGUUAAGGAUCGUCCAAGUGGUGGAAUUACGGAACACAAAUUGCAGUUUGCCAGGGAAGAAAAACCUGUGGAGAAAUUAUUGGACGUUAUUAAAAUUGCUAAACCAACUGUAUUGAUUGGUGCCUCAGCGGUAGGAGGUGCUUUUGAUGAAGAAAUAUUAAAAGAAAUGGCAUCCAAUAACGAAAGACCUGUGAUCUUUGCUUUGAGUAAUCCAACUAGCAAAGCUGAAUGUACGGCUGAGCAAGCUUACAAGGCUACAAUGGGAAAAUGUUUGUUCGCAAGUGGCUCGCCCUUCCAGCCAGUCAAAAUCGAUGACAAAACUUUUUAUCCUGGUCAAGGAAAUAACAGUUAUAUAUUCCCUGGAGUAGCACUAGCUGCAAUUUGUGCUGGUAUGCGAAUUAUUCCUGAAGAAACGUUUCUUAUCGCUGCCGAAGCCGUUUCCAACUUGGUAACGGAAGAAGAUUUGAACAAAGGUACUUUGUAUCCACCUCUGGCAGAUAUACAAAAAUGUUCCUUGUGUAUAGCAACUAGAAUUAUGGAAUACGCUUAUCGUUCCUCAUUCGCAACCGUUCUACCGGAGCCUAAAGACCACAUGGAAUUCAUUAAAGCACAGUUAUACGAUACAGAAUAUAAGUCAUCUAUUCCACCAACUUAUAAAUGGCCAAAAGCUUAAAUCUUCAUAUAAAAAUAUCGCGUUCAACACUUAAUAUCGUAUAUAAAGUUUCGAGUUAAUUAAAUUAUAAUUUAAAAUUAUAUUAUUCGACUUAAUAAUUGUUACGAGAAAGCCUGUUGAUCGGGCAAAUGUAUCUGUAUAAAUGAAAAAAGAAAAAGGUGGAAAACGAAAUUAUCAAUCAAAAUUUGUCUCUUACGAUAGAGGACCAAAAGUUAUAACUUAUUCUUAAUUCUUUCUCUCUCUUUUUUUUUUCUUUUUUUUCUUUUUUUUUUUUUUUCUUUUGUAAAUUAUUCACAUUUUUUUGGUAUGGUACAAUUGUAUUAAUUGAUAGAAAUAAAAAAUUUUAAUUCGAUUA